CCGUCAUCUCCAAUUCGAAGUUUGGGCAUGUUGAAUUGAUUCUUUAAGGAGAGGACCAACUCACGACUCAUAAAGAAUAUUAAUAUCUAGGUGUUCGAUAUCAAAUUCCAGUUGUUAUUGUUGCUUGAAAACCCUCGAAGGAAUCAAGAGUGAAAAAUCAAACCGAACAUCUAGGUUGUCCGUGAUUCUCUGUCGGUGUUGUCUCUUGAGAUUCUUACAGAAAAAAUUGGUCAAGUCCUAGAAAUAGGAUGAAGCCCAUGGAGAGUGUGUAUGAUCUGAUCCAAGAAGCCAAGGUUCGCACUCUCUGGUGGGCCCUCUCUAUAUUCGCCGUUUCCUAUUUCCUAACUCAUACAAGUAAAUCAAUGUGGAUGAAUGUACCCAUGUCAAUCCUUUUUGUUUCUGCACUGCGUAUUUUUUUCAAUAAGGUGGAGUUCCGUUGGAAGGUUAAACAGCCUAGAGCACAGACUUAUCUAUCUCAUUUGGAGAAAAAACAGUUGUCUCUGAAUGAUCCACGCCUCUCCAGUUCGCCUCCCCCUGCGAAAUGGAAGAGGAAAAUUGGUUCUCCUGUUGUGGAGGCUGCAAUGAGUGAUUUCGUUGAUAAGAUAUUGAAGGAUUUCGUGGUUGAUUUGUGGUACUCGGAAAUUACUCCCGAUAGGGAGUUUCCUGAGCAGAUACGUGCAAUAAUCAUGGAUGUUCUCGGUGAAAUAUCAGGAAGAGUUAAAGAGAUAAACCUUGUUGACUUGCUGACAAGGGAUUUAGUUAAUUUAAUAGGUGAUCACUUAGAACUUUUCAGAAGAAAUCAAGCUACUAUAGGUGUUGAUGUUAUGAAAACAUUAUCUUCUGAUGAGAGGGAUGAAAGAUUGAAAUUCAAUCUGUUGAAUUCUAAGGAGCUUCAUCCGGCACUAAUAUCUCCUGAGAGUGAGUACAAGGUUCUUCAGCGGCUAAUGAGUGCAGUUUUAGCUAUAGUACUGAGGCAACGAGAAGCUCAGUGUCCUGUGGUUCGUUCUAUUGCUCGGGAACUUUUAACUUGCUUGGUAAUGCAGCCUAUUAUGAAUUUGGCAAGCCCUGGGUAUAUUAAUGAGCUGAUUGAAUCCCUUCUACUUCUCCUUAAUGAUGAUGGUGCAAAAUGGAUGGGUGGUGAUCAGUCAACUAAUGUAGCAAGUCAUCAUCAUGGUCAUUCUUUUGCUAAUGGGGGUGAACAUGACAAUAUCAGGGCCUCCGAUAAACAUUCAUCUCUAAAUCAAGGAACUGAUAUUAAAGUGGCUAAAACGAGUGAUAAGGGAGAUACAUCAUUACAAUUUAACACACUCCGUCAAGAACCUUUGCAGGUCAGACAUGCUGAUUGGGCUCAGUUGUUGGAGGUUGCAACUCAGAGGAGAACUGAAAUUCUUAUGCCUGAGAAUCUUGAGAACAUGUGGACAAAAGGAAGGAAUUACAAAAGGAAAGAGAACAAAGUUAUCAAAACUGGCAUUCAGGAUGUUCCUGCAAAGAAUCCUCCCAUUGACAGUUCACUACCUUAUAGAAAAUUGGCUCAUGAAACAUUGGUGAGUGAACUUGGAAAGUAUGCAGUUGCAGAAGGGAAGUCUUCUCCGCCACCAAUGCAUGCUUUGGGUUCAGAUCCCGUAAAAAAUGUUGGAAGUACAAAUAGUUCAGAAUCUUCUCGAAACCCUUACAAGGAAUUAUCUUUUGAAGGAGAGCUUGGAGUUGAUAAAGGGAAGGGUAUUAGGGAUCUUACUUCUGAUGGGUAUAAAAGUCUGCUGAAGAGGUCAAACAGUGCUUCUGCCUUGGAAACCCUACCUAAUAAAGAUGGAGGCUCCAUAAUUUCAGAGUUGUACAACCCUGAAUUUGAGAGGCACAGUGAAGGAUUUCGGGGAAAGAGUUCUUCUGACAUGAUUGUUAGGAAAGAGGUGCAAUUGCUUCCUAAGCUCCGGUGCCGGGUUAUGGGAGCAUAUUUUGAGAAACUUGGAUCCACAUGUUUUGCUGUCUAUUCAAUUGCAGUUGUUGAUGCACAAAAUAGAACUUGGUUUGUAAAAAGAAGAUACAGGAAUUUUGAGAGAUUGCAUCGGCAUCUUAAAGAUAUUCCCAAUUAUACAUUACAUUUGCCUCCCAAAAGGAUAUUUUCCUCAAGCACAGAUGACGCCUUUGUGCAUCAACGUUGCAUUCAGCUUGAUAAAUAUCUCCAGGAUCUCCUGUCAAUAGCUAAUGUUGCAGAACAACAUGAAGUAUGGGACUUUUUUAGUGCUUCCUCAAAGAACUACUCUUUUGGGAAAUCUUCUUCAGUGAUGAAGACCUUGGCAGUCAAUGUAGAUGAUGCUGUGGAUGAUAUUGUACGCCAGUUCAAAGGGGUUUCAGAUGGUUUAAUGCGGAAGGUUGUUGGUUCAACAUCCCCCUUCAAUGAAGGUUCUUCUACAUCUACCACACACAACUUGUCCUGGAAUGCAGAUGAAAUAGAUAAAAGUAUUCCAAGGCUAAGUCCUACCGAAAGUGUGUUAAGCUCUGAUAAUGAGGAAGGUGAAAAGAACAGUAAUUUUGGCCAUGAGAAUAUUGAUAGAGAAGUAACACAAAAUAAUAGGUGGCAUUCUGACAAAGCAUCGAUCUUGAAGGACACAUCAACGGUUAUAAAUCGUGCUGAAGAGUCUGGCAACUUAGAUUUAGACAGAAGGCAUGAUGUGGCAGUGGAAGCUAGGGUUGGUAAUGAUGUUCCAGCUACAAAUUUCAUUCUUGUUCAUGAUAAUUUGGAGGAUCCAGUUGGAGUGCCAGUGCCACCAGAGUGGGCCCCACCUAACGUGAGUGUCCCUGUUUUGAAUUUGGUUGACAAGAUAUUUCAGCUUAAGAAGAGAGGCUGGCUAAGAAGACAGGUCUUCUGGAUAUCAAAACAGAUAUUACAGCUGGUGAUGGAAGAUGCUAUUGAUGAUUGGCUCCUAAGGCAGAUUCAAUGGCUCCGGAGAGAGGACAGUAUUGCCCAAGGGAUUCGAUGUGUCCAAGAUGUCCUCUGGCCUGGUGGUGCGUUUUUUUUAAGAGUAGGGACUCCUCAGAUAAGUAGUAGUGGCAGUGACCAAAAGCCUCCUACAAUAAGAGGAUCUGGUGGAAGCAAUAUCACCAAAUCUCAGUUGGGGUCUUUUGAGGAAGAGCUUGAGGCUGCUCGUAGAGCAAGUGACAUCAAGAAACUGCUUUUUGAUGGAGCUCCAACAACUUUAGUGAGCUUAAUCGGGCAUAAGCAAUACAGACAUUGUGCCAGGGAUAUAUAUUACUUUAGUCAGUCUACUAUAUGUGUGAAGCAACUUGCUUAUGCAAUUCUGGAACUUCUACUUGUCUCCAUCUUCCCUGAGAUACGGAAUGUUGUGUUGAGUGUUCAUGAGAAUAUGCAUGUUCACCAACCUGUAUAGAGUUCCAUAUCACCUGUUAUAGUGGCCUGCAUAUGCUGUAGAUGAAAUUGGGAAUAACACGUUUUUUUUGUCUGGUGUCAUUGGUUUUAUGGCUUUGCUGGCUUGUACCCUUUCCAGAUACAAGAACAGGAGCCAUAACUAAUGAUUUGGGAACUUGGUGAUUGGUUUUGUAUCUAAUGCCAUGUCAACUGUAUAAAACUUAGAUUUAGGGCGUGUACAGAAACAAUGAUUUUUGUGGAUUCAUUGUGCUUCUUUGUCAAGGCAUACCCCAUUUCCAUGGGGAUUUUUGUAUUGUUAGAGA